AUGGCGAGCGAAACAGCAAGCAGUAAUGGAGGCUGUACACUCACACGAGAGGAGUUGCUAGGGACCACAAACCUAAAGGCAAGAGAGUGGCGUCACAUUGAUCCAAAGAUCUGGGACGAUGAGAUCGAAGCCCCAGACGACGAGGUAGACGGAACUGCAGCAACAACGUACAUUGCGCGUGCGAUCGCAGACUACACAGACCGGCCAACAGCAGACGCAGAGCUCUUUGGUGAGUUCUGUCAGGACUUUGAAGGCUGGACUGAAGCUAUGUUUAUGCGCGCGCAUGCAACGUAUACUAAGGAACUAAAGCGGAUCCUCCGCUUUAAGGGCGUGUACACUGGCCGUGUUAACAUGCCGCCAAGCGAAGCUGUGGCCAAGCUACUGCACAAGGAGGAUUGUCCGAAGUGGCCGGACGAUCAGUUCCAAUCUACUGCCUUCGACGAGCGGUCAGCGGCGUAUAUGCUGCAACAGCGGAGGCUACUAGGACGACACACUACGGGAUCGGUACAACCUACAAACGUAGGGACAGCGAGUCGAGCGCAGAGCCAAACCUCUGCAAGGUCAAGAGACCAAGACGCAGAGGAUCAACAAACCGAUGUCCAAGACGAGACCCGCACCCGUACCCAGGUCAGCCAACAACUAGCAGAUCCGCUUGUAGAGACAAUUGAACAGACACCACAGGCAGACGGGCGACACCAGGCGGACCAGCGACAGCAAAGUCAUCAACCUCGCUUAACGUACAACAACUUUGACAGAUUCCGCGAAUACACGCCAGCAUACCCACAACGCCCAAAGGGACCGAGCGUCCCUCCAAUUAUACCUUCAGGGGAUACAGACCCAUACAAGGCAGUUCCCCCAAUCGAGUUUAAUAAUGGGAAACUAGAUCCGAAGACAAUCAAUGUCUUUACAAAGAUGUGGGAUCGUGAGAAGAAAUACACAGGGAAGCCGUACGACCUCCUAGACGACAAAUUGAAGAUCUUCUACAGCAUCUGCUAUCACGCAGACAUCCAGCCAGACCAAUUCCAUGCAGUCUUUCCACGGAUCCUGGAAGGCCGUGCGCAAGACUACUACCUCCACUUCGUUGAUCAGCGGACAGAUACAUUCUUGACUGUAUACACGAAGCUUAAGAACCACUUCGACACGGACGUCAACCACAGUCACUACUAUGCAGACUGGACGACGACAUCCUUUGCUAAAGUCCAUAGGGAGAAUCCUGACAAGACACUCCAUGAGGUCCUUGACAUUAUGCUAGACAAACUCCAGUUAUGCCAGAGGGCGCUUGGGCAGCAGUAUAUGGGAGAAUAUGCGCUCCGGACCACAGUAAUCACAGCAUGUCGAGGCGUUAAAGAGUUCGCAAUGGCGCUCUACAGGCCGUCUCUAGAAUGCGAGGUCCAGACUUUCCAACAAGCAAGUAAAGCAAGUCACCGCUCUAAACUUGACUUGCUUGGUUCAAACAUAGGCUUUACUUGA